AUGGAAUCGCCACCACCGCCUCCACCUCCACCACAGGCUAGUACGAGCCGCACGCAGGAGCCUGAUAUUAGGAUGCUUUAUGAUGCAUUCCAAGAUUUGGUCCGCGCGUCUGCUCCGAAAGGCGAGCCAAGAUACAUUCCGCCCCAGAUACCGGUGACCUGCAGAGGGGAGACAAGAAUGUUUGGCCGUCGAACGUUGGCGGGGAUGUCGUAUUCCAAAGCCAUUCGGAUGUUCAGGAAACGGUUUCAACAGGAAGGAGACAUCACCCAUCUGCCUGGCAAGUACGAGCCAGAGAUGUUAUUCGACCACUAUCCUCGAGUUGGCCUUGUGGCUACCUUCAUCGGCGCAACAACGCGAGCACAGAAAGCUGGUGUCAUAGACGAAAGUUCAUGGACAGAGUUACUGAGGAAUGUAGAGAGCAUUGAAGUAUUUAUUACCCCAGUGACUGAAACUACCUAG